UGAAGCGGAAAGUUUACUUCAUAAAUUGAGGUUAGAAUAUAACUUGUCAUUUAACUCGAACGUCAAUUUGAAUUAGAAGUUUAACAUAUCUGUCAUCGGACACGUCAGUUUGUUACGUUGGUAUCGACGCCAGUGUUGUCAGAACAAAAAAUAUUUUUACCUACAAUAUUUUUACGUUCCUUUUCACGAAACUGUACGCAGCAAUAUGGAAGAACAAUUUCAAAUGCUGUUCGAUAAAAUGAAAUUAGAAAUGCAGAAACAGACGGCUGACUUAAAAGAAUCUCUUACGCAAAACUAUAGGGAUUAUAUGGAUGAAAAACUUAAUCCAGUCAUUGAAGAAAACCAACAAUUGAAACAAAAAAUUACCAAUCUAGAGAAAGAGAUAGAAUACUUGAAAAGAGACAAGAAAAGUAACAACAUAAUUAUUUUUGGGUUGGAUGAGACAGAAAAGUCAACAACGGAGUUAUUUAAGAGUGUCCAGGAGACCUUUCAAGGGGAUUUGAAUAUAAAUGUAGAAGAAAAUGAAGUGAACAAACUGUACCGCUUAGGAAAAAAUAAAGUCGAGAUCAAACCAAGGCCAGUGCUGUGUUCUUUUACAAACGGAUGGAAAAAAGGCGAAAUUAUGAAAUGUAAAAGGAGUUUUAAGAAAAUCCAUGUAUCAGAGGAUUACUCGAAGGAAGUUCUAGAGAAAAGGAAAGCUUUGCAACCACAACUGCUAGAAGAGAGGAAAAAGGGAAACACAGCUUUUUUAAAAUACGAUAGGCUAAUAGUCAAGGAACCCACUACUGAUAAAAGGAAGAGGGAAGCAACUACUUCACCACAGUCACCAUCUAAAACACACCCCCGAAAACAACAAAUGUUAAGCUCUAUUAAAACUAAUAGAAAAAAUGCCUUCGAUGUACUGAGACCUCGAUCAAACUCUUUGACCAACAACAUACACAAAAAUCAAUAGCAAUCAAC